AAAGCAAAUGGCAGAAAUUCGAGAGGUGCCAUCGCCCCGCGUAAUUCGCGCUUUACGUAUUUCGCGCCCUUCCUAAUUCACGCUUCCCCUUAUUCGCGCCCCAACUGAUUCCCGCUUCUCCUAUGUCGGGCUUCUCCUAGUUCAUGCUAAUUCGCGCCCCCCCACUAAAUUUGCGCCCUCAACAGCACACCACUCACGUUUUCCACUCCAUGCAGGACCGACUGGCCGACUAGCCGACUAGCCGACUAGCCAGGUGUAUUCUGAGUCAACUCGAAAUAUGCAGCGGCGACCAACCGCAACGCGCAAUUUUCUCAAGAGCGGAGAAUCGACGACAGAGCAGAGAGCGUAGGGAUCUCAGACCGUUCAGACGAAAGGGGUUUUGGGUUUUGGGUUUCGGGUUCUUAGAGUAGGCUUCAGGAGUUUUAGGGGCUCGGGUUUCGGGCUUAGGGAUUGGGUAAUCGUUUCUGAGAGUUGAUUUUUGUUGCGCCUCAAAAAUCGUUUCUGAGAGUUGAGGGUUACUAUGUUGCCGCCUCGUGUCGGUCGAUUCUCUGCCCGUCCUCCUGCCCUCUUGCGGCCGCCCACCCCAUCCCGUCUACCCUUGCUCGCCACCCCUCCUCCUUCCUUCCCGCGUGCUCUCAUCAUAUCACCCCUUCACCGUCCGCUCUUCAGAUUCCCCGUGCUCUCCGCCCACUGCCCCUUCCCCACGUUUUCCCCGCUCUCCCAGUGUCUCUCUCCCUCCUCCUCGCAUCACGGCCUUUCCCCCACCGCCCCCCCCACCAGAGCCCGGGGCUGCUCCCUUUCCCCCUGCUGCUUCGUCCCUUCCUCCUCCUCCUCCUCCUCCUCCUCCCCUGUCCACUCAUUCUCCACUCACUCUCAGCCCUCUCCCCAAACCCCUGAAUCCCCAAACCUCAAACCGCAAGAUUCUCACCCCCACGUCGACCCCAAUCCCCCUUCCAUCCCCUCGGCGCACCCUGAUUGGCUGACCCGCCUCCUCCUCUCCCGUGAUUGGCUGCUACCUGCUGCCAACGCCACCCCCCAUUUCACCCAAGUGCUGCUAGGACCUACCCUGAGACAUGCCUCCCAUAGGGUAGACCCUCCAGAAGCCACCAAUGGAGGAUGGGUAGACCCUACAGGAGCCACCCCUGGCACAUGGGUAGACCCUAGCCCUGACCUGCCUGCGGGAUCAAUCCGCACCGUUGAUGUGAUCCGGGACGAUCUCAUCCAUCCGCUGGCGGGCGGCAACAAGCUGCGCAAGCUGGACGGGCUUCUGCCGCCCGUCAUCCAAUCAGGAGCCACCGAUGUGGUCACAUGUGGGGGUUGCCAGAGCGCCCAUGCUGCUGCUGUGGCCGUGGCGUGUGCAGAGAGGGGCAUUAAAGCCCACCUGGUGCUAAGGGGGGAGCCGCCUAAAGUCCUUACGGGGAACGCCCUCGUCUCGCACAUGUUCGGCUGCCCGAAGUACGUCUCUCGGGCAGAAUAUGCUGAUCGGGAGAAGUCCCUUCUUUCUCGGGCAGCUGCGGUUGCUGGUGGAGGGGGCACGGUGCAAUGGGGUGCUGGCCCUGCCACGUCAUCCACGAGUAUUGCCACGUCAGCAGCUGAAGAUGCCACAUCGGGGUUGAGAGGGAAAUCAGAUGGGUGUGGAUCAGGGGAGAAGGGGCAUGAGUCAGCAGAGGGGGUGCAUGAGUCAGCAGCGGGGCAUCCCCGUGUGGCAAUCAUUCCUGAGGGCGGAUCGGAUGGGCUGGCUCUGCUGGGUCUCUUGCGCCUGGUACACCUGCUGGCAGUGCGGGACAGGCAGGGGGCAAAUCAGGGGCACAACCGGCAACAGAGGCGGCGCGUGCUGGUGGUAGACAGCGGCACGGGCACCACUGCUGUGGGCUGUGCGCUUGCCGUGCGCCUGCUGGGCCUGCCAUGGCUGGUCGUGGGGGUCAUGCUGGCAGGUACCAAGGAGUAUUACACUGGCCAGCAGGAGAAGCUGCUCAGAAGCUUCGCGGACCAGCUCCCGUCACAGCUCUCCGAACCCCCCCUUCCUGUUGCUGCUGCUACCGCUGCUGCAGGCCCUGCUGCGAGAGAGGGCUCACAGGGACGUGUCCAAGGGCAGCAGGGAGCCAAGGGUGUUGGGGACCAGGAGACGGAGGCAGUUGAGGAAGCAGCUGCGCUGAAGCAGCUAUCAGCAGAUGUUAGGAGCCAAGCUAAGCCAAUUCAGGAGCAGCUGUCAGCCUGCUCGCCUCAUCUUCCCCUCGCUUGGGUGCCUCGAGAAACGCCUCGCCGCUUUGGCAAGAUUUUACCUGGUGAAGUCUCUCUCAGCUGUGACUUCAUGCGCGCAACAGGCAUCCCCAUCGACCCCAUCUACACCCUUGCAGCAUGGGAGGUGGCCUGCGCCCUGCCUCACGCACUCACACAGGCUCUGGCACUAGCACCGGGCAGUAGAGGAGAGGCCGCAGGAGAAGAGCAGAUGUAUUUGGAGGUGGCCCACGCCCUGCCUCACACACUCGCACAGGCACAGGCACUAGCACCGGGCAAUAGGGGAAAGGCCGCGGGAAAGAAGCAGCAGGGCCAGUCUGAGUCAUUCACUCUAUCGCUUGCCGAGGCAUUGCUUCCGAAGCUAGGCCAGUGGCUUGGCAGCAGCAACAAGGAAGGAAGCAGUGGGGAAGCUGCAGGUAGCGGCAGUUGUAUUGCUAAUGAUGCCGGCUCGGCUGAUAGUGGUGGUGGUGACGGUGCUGAUGCUGCUGCUGACAUUGCUGACAUCAGCAUCACAGUGCUGCACACGGGAGGGACGCUGGACAUGUUUGGCCUCGCGCAGAGAUUCCCAGAGGAGUUCGCCCCCAUGAAGUGACUCCAGGCCGUGCCAUGCCAUGCCAUGCCAUGCCAUGCCAUCCUCAUCAAUUCUAUGUUAAGUGCAGCACUUUCAUUAUGAUUCCAGAAGUGUGGCAAUUGGUGGAGGGUUGUCUGAAGCUGCUCUUGAAUUGCUACUGUCCUUCCCA